UCCUAAUACGCUAUUGGUGAAUGCGACUCCGACGUUUAUCUAUGUCUAUUUAAUCUCCCCUCCAUCUGCCCCGCUCCCGAGGAUAAUGCAAUUUCCCCCACUCAUCAAAUCUCCUGCAUUCCCCACCGAUAGCACCGUCUGAUACCAUGUCUUUCAAUCCAGCGAGAUCACUCGGCGCGCUCGACGACGAUGACUAUGUUGCCCAAGUCCUUGCGCGCGAGGCGCGCGAUAGCUCCCUCAAGUACUCCGCACAGGGGUUGGAAGCAUAUAUGCCACGAAGGUGAGUAUCGAUGGUCGCGCGCAUACCGUUCUCUGGGGUUCAGGAGAGCAAGAACUAAAAUACGAGUCCGACAGACCUACAGGCGCUGCCCCAAAACCAAACACUAGGUUUCUCCGGCAUAUUAUCAAGGAGACGGACAGUCAUAAUGCGGCUUUGAAACGCAAGGAGGAGCGAGAGGCGCGGGAGCGGAUGCGGCAGUUGAGAAAUCCAGCGUCCGCUUCCACCCAUGAGUCAAGCCGGGAGCAUCGGCGGCGGCGCGAUUAUCCCUCAGACCACCGAGGUUCGCGGACGAAAAGCAGGGAAGAGCGCGAGGACCGACACAGCUCUCAUCGGAGGAAACACGGGAGUCGUUCGAGGUCUACGGAACGUGAUCGCACGCGCAGCGACCGGAGGAGGUACAAGGAUGAUGACGCCAAAGUCAGCCGCCAUGAUCAUUCCCGAAGAAGUCGUCGACAUCGAUCAUCCUCGCGGUCCAGGAGUCGAUCCCCACGCAUCAACCGAAACUCAAGCUCCAGAAGUGGUCGCAAAAGCUACCGUACGCGUGGUGACUCGCCGCCACGUUCCCGUUCCCGGUCCCACGAAAGGUCUGAUAAGCGCGCAAAUACAGACAGUGAGAGGAGGAUUCACCCGAAGGACUAUGAUCGUCAUAGCUCCAGAGGCCAUCGAGCGUCGCGCGAGGACCCACCACGUCGUCGCCCAUCAACAACUGGAGGCCAGCCAUCGGACAGCGAAUCGGAUCCACUAGAGGAUCUCGUUGGACCCCUACCACCGAAACAGGAUGGGUCAAAGGAGUCAGCGCCGAUUCGUUCGCGCGGUCGAGGUGCCUACAAACCCAAUAUGAGCAACAUCGACGCCCAUUUCGCACCCGAUUAUGACCCGGCCACAGACAUGCAGCUCGAAGAGGACGAUCUACAGUCCGGUAACAAGAACUCUCGCAGACACGUUGCCGGUCUCAUGACCGGUGAUGAUGACUGGGAUUAUGCUUUGGAAGCUCUCCGUGAUCGUGCUCGUUGGAAGCAGAAAGGCGAAGAGCGGCUCCGUGAAGCUGGGUUCAGCACGGAUUUUGUGGAGCGGUGGAAAAACAACACUACCUCCAAGCCUGAGGAUGACACCGAUGGUCGACUGGAAAGUGUGAAAUGGACCAAGAAAGGUGAGGGUCGGGAAUGGGACCGCGGUAAAUACGUGGAUGAAGAUGGACAUAUUGAUGUAAAAGCCUCCUGGUAACCUCUGGGACUAAUAGAGAAUCGUCUUGGAAUUUCC